UGUCAAGGGGUUAAAAUAGAAAUCCAAGAUGGCGGAUCUUAAGGAGCUAGAUGAAGUGUGUCAUAAACUUGUAGAGAAUGACACAAAAUUUGCUCCAACUUAUGACAGGAUUGUAUUAAAAUAUAAUCAUGAAUACCUUCCAUGGGAAGAAGGUGGUGGAGUAGUUGAUAUACCAUCAGAUGAUGGCUACACGGAAGAGGAGGAGACGGACUCAGAAGGUGACAUUGACCUUACUGUACCUAGUGAAUGUGGUAGUUAUUGUUCCGCCGAUGGGUUAUCAGAUAAUGAAACUGAAGCAACAAAACAAAAUUCUCCUACACCUGGUAAAAGAUCAUCACGUUCUAUCAUUAAAGAAGACAUUUUCUUUGCUAACACUUUACAGGCUAGUGGUAGGAAAGAUUCAUUAACUUGUGAUGUCAAUGAGAGAAAGAGAGAGAGAGAAACUAGCGAUAUUGAGAAGAGCCCUAAGAGGCUCUGUGUCCUUAGUUCUUCAUAUCAUCAUUAAUAACUAUUGCAGAACUAUAAACAACCUUUUCAUCACUUUAUUGUAUGAUUUAUUAAUGAUUGUGUGCUUUUCAAUCUCUCCUUAUAUGGAAGAGAAUCCCUUGUUUAUAAGAAUCCUAAGAAUGUAA